AUGACUCCACCCCAAGUUCUCCAACUGCUGAAAAGUGCCAAAUAUAUUCAUCUAGGAACAUCUGCGGAUGACAUUCCCCAUGUUUCGCUGAUGAACUACACUUAUGUCUCACCAGAAGAGGUUUUGAAAGAGGGGUUUCCACUCUCGGACGCAUCCCAUUCUGUAAUCAUUCUCACCACAGACAAGGACACUGUCAAGUACAACAAUAUGCGAGCCAACCCUAGCGUGUCCAUUCUGGUUCACGACUGGGUGACUAAGUCAAACAGUCUUGAAGCAGGGGCAAAUCACUUGCUCUCGUUCUUGAAGAAUCUCAACCAGAACGAACUAGUUUCUACAAGUGCCACUUUAGCCGGAAAAGCACAUAUACUUAGUGACGAAAAGCAAAUCGAGUACUACAAGAAAAAACAUUUAGAAAACAAUCCAGAGGGAAAAGUAUUUAUUGAUGGAGAUAAUGUGGCUAUUGUGCUGGUCCAGGUCCUUAGCUCCAAGGUUGCAGAUACUGAGAAUAAUGUUUCCGAAUACAACAGUUGA